AUGGUGCAGUUUGUCCGCCUUCUUUUCAUUUGUCAGUCUCCCAACCAUACUGCAUGGUGCGAUGCAGUGGAGACAUUUCUAGAUGGAAUCCUGCGCCGUCGCUUCGCCAAUGCAUUUCACUGGUACCAGGUGUUGAUCAUUUUAGCUUGUGAUCACAUCUCCAAUCUUAUUGCCGACACCUGGAAGGACAAGAUCCGUUUGCAACUAAUAACAGUCAAACAACCUACUGAAUACCUUCUUUCAUGCUGCCCACUUUGCUUCGGGGCAAAUGAUUGGCAAAAGGCGAAAGAUUCUCGUUUCAUGCCAGAUAUUAUCGUUUGCAUAGAUGCAUGCUUUACUCAAAAACACUCCACCAACCCUUGUGGUGCUGAUGGUCAGGACCCUCCCAACCCGACACCAUCCUUUUUUCUACCAAAGGAUGACGUGCAAGCGAUGGAUGAGUUCAUGCAGCGCUGUCGAGGAGAAAGACGUCAGGAGAGGGUCUCAAGGACAGAGCCAGAAGAGGAUCACUAUGAAAAGGGUAUGAAUGUGCCAGUAUCAGUCCUGGAUGGAUGCAGAGAAUCUUUCACAGCUGCAGAUGAGAAAUGGGAGAAGGCAAGCACUCAUUUUUUUACUGAUACAGGCCUUAUGGCGCUGCUUUGUAGACAUGACCAUGUUCCCUAG